GCUCCGCCUCUGUUACCCCUAGCGGCUGUUUGUUGACUUCCGGGAGCUCCGUAGUAGCAAAUGCCAGGAGGGUGGCAGCGGGGGUCUCCUAAGCUUCCGCGGCCCCGAGUGGGGCUGAGGUCCUGCCCUAAGCCCCACCGAGCCGCCCUUGCCGUCUUCCCGGCCCAGGCACACAGUCCGUGUAUCACCCGCGGCAUGGGGGAGCCCGAGGCGCUGGUGCCCGAUUCGGGUGCUGUGUUUACAUUUGGGAAAACCAAAUUUGCUGAAAAUAUGCCUAGCAAAUUCUGGUUUAAGAAUGACAUACCUAUGUAUCUUUCAUGUGGAGAUGAACAUAGCGCUGUUGUUACAGGAAAUAAUAAACUUUACAUGUUUGGCAGCAACAACUGGGGUCAGUUAGGAUUAGGAUCAAAAUCAACUGUCAACAAGCCAACGUGUGUGAAAGCUCUUAAACCUGAAAAAGUACAACUUGCUGCCUGUGGAAGGAACCACACCCUAGUUUUAACAGUAGAAGGCAGUGUAUAUGCAGCUGGAGGAAAUAAUGAAGGACAAUUGGGACUUGGUGACACUGAAGAGAGAAACACUUUUCAUCGUAUUAGCUUUUUUACAUCCCAGCAUAACAUUAAACAGCUCUCUGCUGGAUCUAAUACUUCAGCUGCACUAUCUGAAGAUGGAAGACUUUUUGUGUGGGGUGACAAUUCUGAAGGACAAAUUGGUUUAAAUAAUAUAAUUAAUGUUUGUGUCCCUCAUCAAGUGAACAUUGGGAAACCAAUCUCUUGGGUCGCAUGUGGAUAUUACCAUUCGGCUUUUGUAACAAUGGAUGGUGAGCUCUACACAUUUGGAGAAUCUGAGAGUGGGAAAUUAGGUCUUCCUAAAGAGCUGCUGAUCAAUCAUAGAACACCUCAGCUGGUAGCUGGAAUUCCUGAGAAGGUGAUCCAAGUAGCUUGUGGUGGAGGGCACACUGUGGUUCUCACAGAGAAAGCUGUGUAUGCUUUUGGGCUGGGACAGUUUGGUCAGCUAGGCCUUGGCACUUUUCUUUUUGAAACAUCAGAACCUAAAGUCAUUGAACAAAUUAAGGAUCAGAAAAUAACUUAUAUUUCCUGUGGAGAAAAUCACACAGCUUUGAUAACAGAUAAAGGCCUUGUGUACACUUUUGGAGAUGGCCGGCAUGGAAAAUUAGGACUUGGAGUAGAGAAUUUUACCAAUCAGUUCUUUCCCAUUGUGUGCUCCGAAUUCUUGAGAUUUACAGUUCAGUUGGUUGCUUGUGGUGGAUGUCAAACACUAGUUUUUGCCUCUCCACGCAUCAAUGUGGUGGGAGAAAGUAACUUCAAUGAAAUAAAUGAUUUUUGCCUACCUGCAGUUCCUUUGCUACCCUCUGACAAUCUGAUCUCAGGAAAUGUACUGCAUAGAACUUUAGCAGCACGUUUGCGACGAAGAGAGCGGGAGAGAUCCCCAGAUCCUAUUCAAAUGAUGCGAACACUACCUCCAUUAGAGGGGACUGCUACAGCACCUGCUUCUUUUGCCCCUGCUUUAGUCCCUUUCAGUUUGUCUGUGAGUAACCUCUCAGAGAAAAAUACCUUUGACCCUAUGGAGCCACUUGAGCCAGACAUUUUUCAAGAUAAAUUGACAAAAGACAGAGAGACAGAAAAUAUUUCAUCAGCAGAUUCAGAAAGCUUGGGAGAAACUACUGAUGUCUUAAAUAUGACACACAUGAUGAGCCUGAACUCCAAUGACAAGUCAUUACAAUUUUCGCCAAUUCAAAAACAAAAGAAUCAAGACACAGUUGAGAAACUGAUGCGGGAUACAGCUUGUACUGAAAGUGAUGAUAGUAAUGAAUAUGAAAAUGAAGAAAUGUCAAAAAUGGAAAAAGAGAAAGCAUAUAAAGAGGUAGCAAAAGGGAUCCUCAUGAUGCAAGCAGCUGAGACUUUGGAAGCAUUUUCAAAUGAGAAAGUAGGUAAUGGCUCAGAUCAGGUGGGGCCUCAGAUCCGCACCAAUGAAAAGUAUUUGCAAAAAGAGAUACUUAGUCAUGAAAAUAAAAGUGGUGUUCAUCAACUUGAUGCUAAAGAAAUAGAAAAGGAAAAUGAUGCAGAAGAAAUAAUCUCUGAGAAGAAAACUGAGCUGAUGGAAGAGACAGAUCUGAAUGGUAUAAGAAAAGGGGAAAAGAAUCUAAAAUGUGUAAAAUAUGAUACAUUAUUUGAUGGUUUAUCAGAUAAAGACAUGAAUACUGAGAAUGAAGAAAAUGAGGGUUUUGUUAAGGAAAGGAAAAGUAGGAAGCAAGAUGUGAUCUUUAACAGUGAAACAGAAUUGAUGGAAGAGCCAGAGAGUUACAUGAAACAUGAAAGCCACAUUCAGCAGGGUAAAGCUGACAGUUUCCAGCAGCCCAAGUCAAUAGAAUUUAGUAGUGAACAUAAUGAUGAUAAAGUGGAAACUGACCACGACUUGUGGCUCAAAAGACAACUGAACAAGCAAGAACUUAAUUCUAAUCUCAGAGUAUCUAGUUUCGUGGCUGAAUAUAAUUUUAAGUAUAAUAACUUGCCAGUAAUACCACAGGAACAGGAAGAAGCAGAGGAUUUAGAAGAAAUUUCAGUAAAGGAGCAAGUGGUAGAGGCACAUAAGAAAAACGUGGAGGUUCAAGGAGGAAGAAAGUUGGAAGCAGAGACCCUGUCAGAUGACUGUACAGACAGAGCAGCGGAUCAAAAAUUUUCAGAAACUAAAGACGCAGAACCAGAAGACAUGGAUAAGGAAAUUGAUGCCAAAAAUCAGGAAGAUGAGAUGAAAACUGUGACUGAUGAUGAAAAAGAAGGGUCAGAAAGUAUCAAUGAUGACUUAGCUAUAGUUGACGAAAAGGAAGAAAAAGCCAAACCAGAAGAAUGGGCUAUUUAUGAAUACAAUGAAAAUCCAAAAGGAAACAUGUAUAACUAUGAAAAGAACAGUUCUUCAGAGGCUCUAGGAGUUAAUGAAUCAGUACCAAGUAAAGACAUAAAAAUACUCCAAAAAAAUUUCCUCUUGAAAUGGAUGUCACUGACAGGUCAGAAAAUUACACAGAAUAGUAUGGAGCCACUUUCAGAGAUAAAACCAAUAGGAGAUCAAGUAGCUUUACAAAGCAAUAAGAAAGAUGCCAUCCCUAAUCACUCGGGGCAAAACUUUCAUGAUUCUUCACCACCCAAUAUGGAGGGAAAGUCAAAAUCCUGUACAAUACUAUAAAUGCAUGUUUUCAUGACUUAAUGAGCACAUUCGUAACUUACACUUGAAAAAUGUUAUGACUUCUGAAGAAAUACUUCUGAUAACAGACUUUUAAAGAUAUAAGUUAAUAUUUUGGUUUGAACAGUAUGACCAGUUUUGAUAUUUAUUUAUGCUAAUAUUUUUAACAAGUAGUUUUCAAAUACGUGUAUCUCAAGCUCUCCUUGAAGUGUUGUGGUCUUAACUGUUCAGUGUUGCAUAAAACAAAACAAUAUAUUUUUAUAUGUGAAAAUUGAAAUAAGAUAUUUCAUAGUUUUGCUAAGCAAGUUUACUUAUAAGACAAUGUUUGAAAUCUCUUGACACUGAUAUAAUUUUUAAUGUAUUUUCAAUUUUUAUGACUGAGCCAAAAUUGUAAUAAACCACAUCUGGUUGGUUCUGCUGUUAAAAUGAAUGACUAUGAAUAAAAUUUGGAAAUACUUGAAA